GAAUAUUUCAAAGAACCCACUAAAAAGGUCGUCUGAAUGGGCAGCAUGUUUAAGUGGAAGGUUUCAUCGCUGGGGUCGCGCAGCAACGGCAACAGUUCCGGCGGCAGCAAAAAAGCCGAUAAACACCUGAACAAUAACGCGCCUCCGCCAGCCACAACACAACAACCACCGCCGCCAACCGACAAGAAUAAAACUAGCGAUUCAAGGGAUAAUUGUCCGCCUCCGCAGAAAGCCAUCCAACAACCACAGCCACAGCAGCCAGUGCCCCCUCCUUUCUCACCAAUUCUAGCGCGAUCCGCUGAUGAUUUUUCUCCUCGUCAGCAUCUUUCUUUGGUUCAACAGCCUCACCAACAGCAGCAACAACAACAACAACAACACAAUCUUCAGCAGCAACAACAGUUACAGCAGACACAACCUAAAUCCAUUGGUCAUCAUUAUCGGCCAGCUCCGCCUGCCGAACCCCAAUACCAUCAGCACGGAGCCGCCGAUGGAUCGCAAUCAUGGAACGAGUGGAAUCAACAAUUGCUGGCGUAUACGGCUUGGGUCAAUUCACAGCUGAGGAAGCGGCCUGAACUGCCGCUGAUUGACGACAUGGGAAACGACCUGCAAGACGGAGUCCUCGUCGCCAAGUUGAUUGAAAUCAUAACCGGUAAAGACAUUCGAGGCAUUGACGUUAACGCCAAAACACAGCAGGCGAAAAGAGACAACUUCGAAAAGAUUCUGACUUUCCUGGCGUCGCAACGCGUGAGGACUUCAACCGUGACGUCUCGCGACCUGGCCACCGGCAAUCUCAAGUCGCUAAUGAGGUUGAUCCUAUCACUAGCUUCUCACUAUAAACCGCAUAGCGUGAAGCAAGGCAGGGACUCGGCUUCGUUCCGAGCCAAUUCCCAGACGACGCCCAAUCUUAAUGUGCCGACAAAUCGACGGUUCCAAACAACAGGUUUCGAGCCGCAGGAGGCGGAUAUGAAGACGGUCAACGCUUUGGCCACUCUACGACGGCAAAACACCAGCAGCGGCGCCACAGCCAUACGACCAGCAUUGGCCACAUCGUCAUCCGCUGCGGAUUUGCUGUCACCAGGUGUGCAACGUCGAUACACCAUGAAUGGAUCAACAAUUAACCGCGAAAUUGCAUCACAAUUAUCACAAUUUGGGACAAUUUCGAACGCCCGGUCGUUGGCCAAUUUGCAACAUCAUAAGCACGACGACAGCUUGAUUGAAUCACCUCGUCAACACGCGGCCAUGGCCACUUCGACGUCUGUCGGUGAUUUGAAUACAAGCGAAGAAGACGCUACUGUUCGGAAACCGAUUCUGAAAAAGGAUUCGAAAUACGGCAGCCGGAGAGAACUGCCCGCCUUGGGCGUCUCGGGCGUCGUAUCCAAAGGUCGCCCAUCCAUAUUCGAGUUCUGGGAGAACAUGCUCGGGCCUAACCAGCCGGACCAAACCAGCAGCAUGACGAUCGCACCGGGUGAAAGUAGCGAUGUCAAUGAGAAUAACAGCGGGUCCCGGGCCAGCAUGCGCCGUGUUCUGCCUCCAUUGCCCGGCCAGCCUCAAAGUCUGACUGUCAGCACGACUCCCAACAACAACGGACCCAGCGCGGAAUUGCUCGGCAGCCGAGGUGAAGUGGAAGGUUCAUCCAAUCAGCCGAGCCCAACAUGCGUGACCGGUGAAAUCGAUCCCGGCUAUUGGAGCGCCGUUCGAAGCAACAAUAGCAACCACGAUGAGAUGAACACGACGACCGUCAAAGCCUCGCACCAUGACCUACUCAUCGAUGACCUGAAUCGCACCAAGAAACAACUAGCUGAACUCCAAAAUAUGUUGUUGACCAGUCAGCAAGAAGCGACUAUGACGGAAAGUAAAGGAACUACGACCACUUCCUCGACUGAUCCGGAUGCCAUCUCUUGGUUGAGAUCAACCCUUCACAGCGUCGAUCAGAGAUGCACCAACCUCCAGUCCGAUUUAAAAAAGGCUCAACAGGAUUGCUUAACUUUGGACGGAAGCCGCCGAGGGCUGGCAGCCUGUUUGGCUAAUCAAGAAGAAGCUCUAGGAAGCUUGCGGCAAGAACUAGUUCGAACUACUCUAGCCAACCAAACAAUGACGAAUGAAAAGGUUGAAAUGCAGCGAAAACUGGAAGAAAAAGACCGUCAAAUUGCAGAUCUCAGACGUCAACUCGCUGCGAAAGAUCGAGUAAUGGAAACCCAGCGUGCCGUGCUUGAAGAAGCCUCUCACAAUUUCACGCCAGCUUUGCGAGCAAAGCUGGACAAAAACAUUAGCACAAUGGAUGCUAGAAGAAACCAAUACCGUGAAGAGCUACACGUCGCACGCGAGGCUCUUUCCUCUCUCCGCUCAAACUUUAGAGGGAAUGACCCGAAUCACCACACUUUAGAUACAUUGGAACAGUGUAUGGCUUUCCUUCUUGAACGUAUUGCGGGACCCGACACUUUAGAUAUGACAUCGUCCUCCACCUCGCAAUCGACCUUGAUCCACCGUCACAGUAACGACACACUAAAGCGUAGUAACCUUAAUGGUUACCACGCUGACCAAUUCACCAAAGUGGUCUAUUUCACAGAACGAACCGUGACACCAUUCCUGACAGUUAUCCCACGUAGACUUGGAGAAAUUUCCCUGCGGGAUUUCAAAACAUUAUUCGAUCGCCCUGGCGUUUAUCGGUUUCAUUUCAAAGCUCAAGACGCCGAAUACGGAUUUGUUAAAGAGGAGAUUGCAGAUGAUAACAUGAUUCUCCCAGGGUUUGAUGGUAAGAUAAUUGCGUGGGUUGAAGAGAUCCAAGUUUAGGCAUUUACUUGUUUUGCCUGUGUAAGGCAGUGUUCGACCAAUUCGACCUAAAUGUAUAAAUGCCAUCAGUUUACUGGAAAAGGGUGCAGUAUAAAUAUAUAUAUAUGUGUGUAUCUUUAUGAAA